AUGGAACAAAAGAUGGCGGAAAGCAUCGACAGACAAAGUUCUCCUACAAAAUCGCAGAAGCAAGACGUACAACAACCCUGUCCCCAGACGGAGGAGGACCAUCUCGUCUGGUGGGAUGGUGAGAACGAUCCCGCGAACCCAUUGAACUGGCCCCCAUUCAUCAAAUGGCUUCAUGUCGCCAUCAUCUCCUCGGGUACCUUCACCAUACCCCUGGCCUCAUCCAUCGUCGCUCCCGGCGUGAUCCAACUGGCAAACGAUUUCCACACCAACGAUCAGCUUCGCGAGACUAUUGUCGUCUCCAUCUUCGUUCUGGGACUCGCCUUCGGUCCCCUUCUCGUCGCCCCCCUGUCGGAGUUAUACGGCCGCUGGAUCUGUUACACCGUAUCCAACACCCUGUACACCGUCUUCACGAUUGCCUGCGCAGUCUCGAGCAAUAUGUCGAUGCUCAUAGUCUUUCGAUUCUUUGCCGGUGCGACGGGUUCCACGCCUCUCACGAUCGGAGGCGGGACCAUCGCGGACAUGUUCCCCGUGCAGGAGCGAGGAUUGGCUCUCUCGUUUUUCACCUUGGGUCAGGCGGCAGCACCGGCAAUCGGACCUGUCGCGGGGGGGGGGGGGUUCUUGACGCAGGGCUUGAGUUGGAGGUGGGUGUUCUGGCUCCUGACGAUCGUGAAUGGAGUCAUUGCUGCCGCACAAAUCCUGCUCUCCCGAGAGACAUAUGCGCUGACCAUUCUGGAGCGCAAGGCAAAACGACUGCGCAAGGAGACGGAUAACCAGCUCCUCCGAUCGAAACUCGACAAGGGGAUGACCCCCAGGCUUCUCGUCCACAACUUCAUCCGCCCCAGCAAGAUGCUGCUGCUCUCGCCCAUCACGCUGCUCAUCGCCCUCGCCUGUGCCGUCAUGUAUGGCAUCCUCUAUCUGCUCGUGACGACCUUCCUCUCCGUCUUCCAGACCACCUACCACUUCUCCAUCGGCAUCUCCGGGCUGGCGUACCUGGGUAUGGGCAUCGGCAACAUCCUGGGCUUGAUCGUGUUUUCCAUGACGAGCGACCGCUACGUCGUCGCGCAGGCCGCGCGCUUCGGCGCCGCAAAACCCGAACACCGGCUCCCGCUCAUGAUCCUCUCCGGACCCAUCAUCGCUAUCGGCCUGUUUUGGUACGGCUGGAGUGCCCGGGCGAAACUGCACUGGAUCAUGCCCAUCCUGGGCUCUGGCAUCGUGGGCCUGGGCAACAUGUUCUUCUUCAUGCCCAUGGUCGGGUACCUGGUGUCCGACGCCUUCCCUGUUUAUGCGGCGUCAGCCAUCGCGGCAAAUGCCGUGCUCAGAUCCAUUGGCGGAGCGCUUUUGCCGUUGGCCGGGUUUCGGAUGUAUGAUACUCUGGGAUACGGAUGGGGGAACUCGGUCCUGGCGUUCAUGGCUUUGGUCUUUACUCCGUUGUUGAUUGUGAUCUACUGGUACGGGGAAUAUAUUCGGACCAGGUGGCCGGUGAAUUUGUAG